AUGGAUGCAUUUCUCUCCAGGAAAAAGCCAAGGCUGUCAGAGCCAGAGCAGAGAAUCGAGGUCUGUGAUGUUCAAGACGAGGAAUCAACGGAUAUCAAGCUUGCUAUUCUCAUAUCGCUCCACCCAGAGGUCAAACAAGACGAUCUACUUGAAAUACUUGUCUCCUGUGACGGAUCUGUCGAAUCUGCCUCAUCUUUGUUGUCUAAGAGAGCCGCAGAGAAUGUGACACCAAUAAAACGACCAGCUCCUAGGUCAUCCCGUGUUCAGUCGUCGUUGUCAUCCCACGUCCUAAUGAAAUCCAAAGAUGGAUCUCUCACACCCAUGAAAGAGAUCAAGCCGUUGGUUACUCAAAAAGGAAAGACUCUGCAUCUCUAUGCCCCCGAAGACGUCGCGCUCAAUACCCCCUGCACGAUAAUCCACAAUUUUCUUCCACAGGAAGAGGCCAACGAACUCCUAGCAGAGCUCCUGGAAGAGUCAGAACACUUCUCCAGAAACGAGUUCCAACUCUUCAACCGCACAGUGCAAAGCCCCCACACUGCAUGUGUAUAUGUCUCCACGCCAGAGGAGCAUAAACAGCAAACUUCAGAGUACACGUACGGCGGCACCUACCGCGCAAACGUGCGACAGGCAACACCAGAGCUACGUUCUGUCUCGCGCAAAGUGCAGCGUACAGUGAACGAGGAAAUUCAAAAACGUAUCCGGGAUAUCUACCCAGACGGAAAAAAAUUGAAAUACCAAUCACCGAGGCAGUGGCGACCAAAUGCAGCCUUUGUAAACUGCUACGAUGGACCUGCUGAGAGUGUAGGAUACCAUGCGGAUGAAUUAACCUAUCUCGGACCACACCCAGUCAUCGGUAGUCUGAGCUUAGGCGUGGAACGAGAAUUCCGUGUCCGUCGAAUCGUCGCCCAAGACGAGGAUGCGGAUGAUGGUACGGAAGCAAAUGAUGAUCCAAGCGCUGGCUCGCCUUUCAAUAAAGCCAAAUCCAAAGCUUCUACUGCCCGUGCUGAUGCCCAGGGGCAGAUCUCCAUUCACCUUCCUCACAACUCACUUCUAAUAAUGCAUGCUGAGAUGCAGGAGGAAUGGAAGCACGCAAUAGCCCCUGCUCAAACCAUCUCUCCGCACCCAGUUGCUGGCAACUGUCGCAUCAAUAUUACUUAUCGCUGGUAUCGCGAUACCCUCCACCCUCGAUUUAUACCACGGUGUCGUUGUGGGACCCAUGCUAUUCUACGGUGCUCACAGCGCAAGCAAGAAAGUCGUGGUCGAUAUAUGUGGAUGUGCUAUGCCGGGACUACUCCGGGUAAACAGGGCUGCUCAUUUUUCCAGUGGGCGGAAUUCGACGAUGAUGGCGAUCCGGUGUGGGACCGUAAGCCUAAUCAGGAUGUUGCGCCUGUCUUGGCAAAUCUCUCGGCGUCGCAAUCAUCCCAAUAA